GUAUCCAGCUUUACCCGCGUCGGGAGCAGCGUGAUCAGGAGGGCCUCGGCUGGGGUAGCCAUGCUGGCGACGGCGCCAGCACAGUGCAGCAAGAGUAGCAGGAGUUGCCGCAGGGCUCUCGCGUGGCGCGGCGAGGACUUUCGGAGCGCUGUCAGGAGCUGGUGCUCCGUCAGCUCGAGCGGCCCGGCGCGUAGCUUCCCAAGCAAGCCAGUCGGCGCCUCCUGCAUGCUGUGCCUAGCGCCAGCUGCGGAGGCGCAAUUCAGCCCUGGACUGGGUGGGUGGUGCUGCCGGCAGUUGGCGCAUCACUCCUCGCCGGGGUAAAACCCAGCAGGCGCAUGCAGUCCAGCGGGGUGAGCUGCCUGGGCUGGGGAUGGCU